CGGCGCCAUCAAGCGCCAGAAGUGCCUCCUCUACACCUACGCGUUCUUCGUGUUUGUCGCGCUCGCCCUCUUUGUCCUCAUCACGAUCACGGGCUUUGCCGGUGCGUCGACCGCCAACAAGUGGGACGACGCGACGUUCCCGGCCGAGGACGCCGAGGUCUCGGUCGCCGAGGCUUUUGAUUCGGCCUACUGCAGCGUCAUGGUCGACCACUACUGCGUGGCUGGCAGCCUCGGCGACGCCAUUAGCAUGUUCUCGCUCUCGUCGUCGCCGGUGCUCUCGUCCAUUGUCUCAGCCUUCAACCUCAACGCCAACGACCAGAUCGGCCUCAAGGGCGCGUGCGAGAACAUCAAUGCGACGGCGUCGAGCACGCUCGUCGGCCUCGACAUGAAGAAGCUCCAGACGGUCUGCGCGGCGUGCCAGACGUCGACGCACAUUGAUUUCUCGGACCUCUACAAGUGGGGCCAGGACAACUGCCCGCUCACAACGUCGUCGGCGUCGUGGUGCCUCUCUUAUAUUCAGACCAACAAGUACGACAAGGCCACUGACGUCGUGUACCCCAAGUGCCGCCCGGCGGUCCUCGACCUCUUCAAGUCGUUUGCCAACAAGAUUGCGAUCGGCGCGCUCAUCUUUGCGAUCGCGGCGCUCGUCCUGCUCGUCAUGUCGUGCGUUGUCGCGCGCUCGGGUGGCAAGAGCGGUCCGCUGGCGUCGCCCUUGAUGGCGUAAGAGUCGUGGGUUGCUAGUAGUUUUAACGCACACUAUGUCAUGUAUCUAGUCCAUAGACCGACUGGUUGAGAAUGUGGCUGGAAUACCGUG